CGUCCUCUUUCGUCGUCGUCUUCCAAGUUGAACAGUCGAGCGUUUCGUUGUACACGGUCAAGAAUUCCACGAUGAAGAUUUAUCUCGCAUUAUUACUUAGCUUAGUGGCUUUCGCGUUUGGAGAAGACAUCAAAGAAGAAGAAGAUGUCUUAGUCUUAACCGAAGCUGUUUUUGAUCAAGCUAUCACAGACAAUGAGCAUAUUCUAGUCGAAUUUUAUGCCCCAUGGUGUGGACACUGCAAAGCUCUGGCCCCAGAAUAUGCGAAAGCUGCCAAAACUCUCAAAGAACAAGGCUCGGCCAUUAAGCUUGCAAAGGUUGACGCCACCGCAGAAACCAAACUUGGGCAGAAAUACGAAGUGCAAGGUUACCCUACAAUCAAGUUUUUCAGGGCAGGAAAAUCUGUAGAAUACUCAGGUGGCCGUACAGCUAGCGAAAUCAUCACUUGGUUGGAGAAAAAGACUGGUCCACCAGCCAAAGAACUGACAACUGCUGAUGAAAUCAAGGAAUUCACUACAAAGAAAGACGUCAUUGUUGUUGGUUUCUACAAGGACAAAGAAUCCGAUGCUGCCAAAGCUUUCACUGAGGCUGCACAGGGUAUCGAUGAUAUUGAGUUUGGAAUUGUACAUGACGAGGCUCUUGCUAAAGAGCACAAUGUAGAAGGAGAUAACGUUGUUCUUUUUAAAAAGGUACUGCUCUAUGAUUAUCUUGGAGUGCUCUUCACUCAAACCUGUCACUCAAUUCGGUCAGACUUCCGUGAUCACAGUUCGCGGGCUCUUUACUGUCAGCCAAUCACAGCAAGACACGACGGGUACGUAAAACGAUUUCCGGUCCGUGAUUCCACGUCUUCGUCCUCUUUCGUCGUCGUCUUCCAAGUUGAACAGUCGAGCGUUUCGUUGUACACGGUCAAGAAUUCCACGAUGAAGAUUUAUCUCGCAUUAUUACUUAGCUUAGUGGCUUUCGCGUUUGGAGAAGACAUCAAAGAAGAAGAAGAUGUCUUAGUCUUAACCGAAGCUGUUUUUGAUCAAGCUAUCACAGACAAUGAGCAUAUUCUAGUCGAAUUUUAUGCCCCAUGGUGUGGACACUGCAAAGCUCUGGCCCCAGAAUAUGCGAAAGCUGCCAAAACUCUCAAAGAACAAGGCUCGGCCAUUAAGCUUGCAAAGGUUGACGCCACCGCAGAAACCAAACUUGGGCAGAAAUACGAAGUGCAAGGUUACCCUACAAUCAAGUUUUUCAGGGCAGGAAAAUCUGUAGAAUACUCAGGUGGCCGUACAGCUAGCGAAAUCAUCACUUGGUUGGAGAAAAAGACUGGUCCACCAGCCAAAGAACUGACAACUGCUGAUGAAAUCAAGGAAUUCACUACAAAGAAAGACGUCAUUGUUGUUGGUUUCUACAAGGACAAAGAAUCCGAUGCUGCCAAAGCUUUCACUGAGGCUGCACAGGGUAUCGAUGAUAUUGAGUUUGGAAUUGUACAUGACGAGGCUCUUGCUAAAGAGCACAAUGUAGAAGGAGAUAACGUUGUUCUUUUUAAAAAGUUUGAUGACGGACGUAAUGACUAUGAUGGAGAACAUAACUCUGAAGAUAUCAUCAAGUUUAUCAAGGCCAACCAACUUCCCCUUGUGACAGAAUUCAAUGAUGAGAAUGCACCCAAGAUAUUUGGUGGAGACAUAAAGAAGCAUGUUCUGCUUUUCGCUAGCAAAAAGGCUGAUGAGUUCCAGGGCAUCCAUGAUGGAUUCUCAGCUGCCGCCAAGGAAUUUAAAGGAAAGGUUCUCUUUGUUCUCGUUGAUUCUGAUAUAGAAGAUAACAGCCGUAUCUCGGAGUUCUUUGGAAUUGAUGCUAAGGAAAUACCAACUGUCCGCCUGAUCAACUUGGCAGAGGAUGACAUGACGAAAUAUAAACCAGAAACUAAGGAAAUUACCUCUGAGAAUGUCAAGGCUUUCGUUUCUGAUGUUCUUGAUGGAAAACUUAAGCCACAUUUGCUUAGUCAAGAAAUUCCAGAAGAUUGGGAUGCCAAGCCUGUGAAGGUUCUUGUAGGAAAGAAUUUUGAGGAAGUAGCUAUGGACAAAACUAAAGCUGUUUUUGUUGAAUUCUAUGCACCAUGGUGUGGUCAUUGUAAGAAGUUAGCCCCAAUUUGGGAUGAACUUGGAGAGAAGUUUAACGACCGUGAUGAUAUUGUUAUUGCAAAGAUGGACUCCACUGCCAAUGAAGUAGAAAGUGUGAAGAUCCAAAGCUUUCCUACUCUUAAAUAUUUCCCUAAAGAUAGUGAUGAGAUCGUUGAUUACAAAGGUGGAAGAACCUUAGAGGAUUUAGUCAAAUUUGUUGAAGCUGAUGGUAAAGCUGGAAAUGAAGAGCCUCAGGAAGGUGAAGAACCAACCCCAGAAGAAGAAGGUGCAGAGGGCGAAGCAGAGGAGGAAACUGACGCAACUGAUGAAGGCGAAGCAACGGAGGCAACCAAGGAUGAGCUGUAAAAUGGCACAUCUGCUCUCGAAUUCUAGUCACAGAAGAUUUCUUAUAUGGAUAAGAAUUAAAUGAAACACUUUGGGAAAGCAGGGGUGUAGCUAAAUCAAUUUUUUAACUGGUGAUUGAAGUCUCUCUGGGGCUCAUAUCUGCCUGUGGGUUAAUGCUGUCACAGACUUGAAAUUCACCAGCAACCAACACUAAGCUACACUUCUGCAUGAGUGCCUCCUAUUUCUCUUAGCCGAUAUAAGGACAUUCUUUGGCCUGUAGUUCCUUCUCAAAAAGUUUCCAGUUAGGGUAAAACGUUUUAAACUUAUUAAGCCUCCUUUACUACUGUAGGUUUUCAAAAUUUUUGAAAGUGUGAUGUCAGUCACAGCACUCAAAUGGACUGUCCACCACAAGGCUUAUAAAUUGUUCCACUUUUAUUUAUAGCAUUCAUCGGUGUGAAGGUUUACUUCAAGAGAAAAAUCUGAAAAAGAAAAAGCUUUCAAAUAAAAUUCUUAUCAUUAAAAUAA